AUGGAUAUUUCAGAUAACCAUGAGUUCCCUUCACUGGAUGAAACUCUGUUGGAUAAAAUCCAUGGUUUUAUCUAUCCCUCUGAGCGUUAUUUGUUUAAUCUCAGUAAUUUAGAUGAAGAAAGUGAAUUUUUGGAGGAAUUAACGAAAAAUGAUUUUAAAAUUCAUCUAAUAAACAAGGAAUUUGAACUAAGUAAAGGUAAAUUGGGCUCUUUUUAUAAAAGGAUCGAGUCGUUGAGCUUUUUGAACUCUUCUCUGGAUAAGUUUCUGACUGAAAGCAAUGAGAGUCGUUAUGGUAAAUUUAUGGAUACAACAUUUUACACCAAUUUCUCAAAUGAAUUCGAAAAAACUGUGUCUGAGAAUCUUCCGAAAAUGCGGAAAUAUUUCAAUGAGUAUAAAAAUUCAACAUUACAAAAUUAUACGAAAAUAUUGACAGGAUAUAAACGUUUGAACAGUCUUAAGGGAUAUGUUUCAUUUUUACAACAUUUUGAAGAAAUGCACAUAAUUAGUGAAUAUUCAAAGAAAGUUUAUGUUCCAGUUAUUUAUCGGAUAUUGUCUUGUGUUUGGGGGAUUAACAAAGCUAAAAAGGUGUCUGAAAGUGAUCCAAGAGUUCUUGAAACGUUCUUUUUCAACUUUUUGAGGGAUCAGUUUUCUAGGAACACUGAUAAAAUUUUAACAAAUAUUUUUGUUAAGAAUCAAUAUAGCUAUGACCCUUGUGACAAACUCUUGAUAUUGCUUAUACUUGGUCAGAGUAGCGAAAAAUCGUGCGGUUAUGUAAUCAAAUUUUUAAAAAACGAGCUCCUCUCUAUCACUUCAUUAACUAUUCAAAAGUAUUUGAAAUUAGAAGAUGAUAUAAAUAAGAUGAAUAGAAAUGGGUUUAGGAAGAAUGAUGUUUCAACCCAGGCAAGCCUAAUUUGUCCGAACCUAUAUCUGGUAGUGAUUUGUAAGAUAUUAUCUGAGUAUAUGUCAUUUUUUCAAAAUUUGACUUCUAACCUAAAUUAUGAAUCAAAAAUCAUGAGACCAAGCAGCUCUAAAGGAGUAAACACACAUAUAAGCAGAUUAAAUGUUUUGUUAAAAUCUUUUGAUAAGGUUGAUUAUUAUUUGUAUUAUAGGAAAUCUCUGGACUUGUUCGUUAGUAAACUAAGUUUACUGGGUGAUUAUACAUUUGAAAUUUUAUCUAAAGUUCUAUCGAGUUUUAAUUUUAACUCAAUUCAUGAAAGUAAUGACGUUUUGAAGAUUUUAUUGCUAAUUUUAUACUAUAAAGUUUUACAAACAGAUUUAAAAGUCUCCACAAAUAAAAUGGAAGAUGCGUCAAUGUAUAAACAUGUUGGAUUAGAUUCUGAGCUGUCUGAGAUACUUGAUGAAUUUUGCACAAAAAAUCUGGCAUUUGCUAAAGAAUAUGGAUGUAAAGACUCUGCGAGUGGUUUUGAAGAGUUGGAAAGGGUUAUUUCUACUAUUGUUUCUGAUUAUUCUGGAAAAUUGACUUCUGAAUCAUUGGAUAAUAUCUCAAUUUCUCUAGCUAAUGAUAAGUUGGAGAGAAUUGUAAUCGACCCAUUCAAAUUAAAAAACUUUAAAAUGGACUAUUUUUGUAAAAUAUUCAAGAGUUUUAUAAAUAAUGGGAAUUUCAUCAGUUUUGGCAAUUUUAAAUUCACUUCUCAGAACCCUUAUUUGGGUUGGACUCCAAAUUUAAACUUUGCAACAGUUAACAUUUCUCAAUUAAACAAUUUAUCAGGUUAUUUUCCUGGCGAUGAAAAUAAACCUAGGCUAUUUAAGAAUUAUGGCGGAGUUUAUACAGUUACCUCUAAAGUUUUGUUAACUUCAUAUGAGAAGUACUUAAAACUGUUGUUUUUAAACCAAAGAAGUUGUUUGGAUAUAGCAGUGAAUUUAACUAGGGUUAUGGAUGAAUUUAUUCGUAAAAAUGUGUAUUCAUGUGGGUUGGAUCAUUGUGUAAUUGAAAAUCUUAAGAAAUUUAAUAAGGUGCUGAACUCUACUGGGGAAAUGACUGAAAGGUUAAACAGGAGUAGUGUCUGUGAUACAUUCAGGCAAGAGAAUUCUGAACCUUACGGGAUUUCUAGUUCAUCCAGAACACUUUCAGAAUCAACUAAAAGCCCAUCGGAUUUGACUAGAUUAUCACAAGUUGUGAAUUCAGUUGAAUCUUCUUAUACCAUAUUGGAAUCAUUGAUUCCACUUAUUAGUCAAAACAGCGAUAAAUUCCCUGAAUUUUGUAAAUAUCUAACUGAAUAUUAUAAUGAAAGGAACGAAGUUAUUUCUGAGCUCAGGGUAAUGUUAUACCAUAUAUCAAUGUACAAUCUUCUGAGGCCCAAAAUACCCAGUAUAAAGUUAUUACAAGCCUUAACGGACAAUGUACCUUUACACACUGACUUGCGUAAAACGUUUGGAGAUUUUAACAAUCAUUUAAUGUGUUUAAAGGAAUUUAUAGAAUCCGCUGAUUCAGGGUCAUUUCCGAUAAUGGUACGUGUAUUUAUAUGGGAUUCCGUAAUAAACGUUAUAAAAGAUUCCUUUAAGCCAAUUUUUAAUUUGUUAAAUAAUUGUUCAAAUUCAGACUUGGAAAAGGCUAUAACUGGUAAAUAUUCUGAAAAUCUCAAAUUAUCGACCUUGAUUCGUGCCAGGUACGUGGACCAGAUCAUAACUGACUAUAAUGAGCAUAGGGAUGAAAUUGCAAGUAUGAGCACUUAUUAUAGUCUUGUAAAUAAAUUAAUUAGUGGUUUAAAAUGA